GGAGGCCUACACUCACACAUCCAAGGAGGGUUGUUUUUUUUAGGAAUCAGCCACCAAAAGCUUUUGGUUUUUACAGAAGGAGAUGGGAAAUCCGUGACAAGGUUUUCACCGAGAACCAGGAGCCCCUGAUUGGGUCUUGAGUGAAAGGAUCUCUGGGAUUUCUUAACAGCCUGCAGCACUUCAUCUACAGGUGUGACAGGCCCAGGGAACAGCGCGCUGGUAAACGAAUAUAGGCGAAAAUAAAAAGAUCGAGGACGCUCGUGCUGGGGUGGGGGAAGAUGUCCUUCGCGAUGGUGCGGCCGGUCCGCAGCACCUUCCACUACUCGGAUAUCAGCAUGCUGUCGGAGGACGAGGAGAACGGCAGCGAGAGCUCUGGCUCGGAGGAGAAGUCCUUCUGCCUGGACAGUGCCGGCUUCCACAUCAAGGUGGGCCAGAAGAGGAAGCCCGCGCCGGCGGCGGUGGUGGCUACGGCGUCCCCGGUGGUGAGAAACACGGCCAACGCCCGGGAGAGGGACCGCACCAACAGCGUCAACUCGGCCUUCACCGCCCUGCGCACCCUCAUCCCCACCGAGCCCGCCGACCGCAAGCUGUCCAAGAUCGAGACGCUGCGGCUGGCCUCCAGCUACAUCUCCCACCUGGGCAACGUGCUGCUGGUGGGGGAGGCCUGUGGGGACGGCCAGCCCUGCCACCACACCGCCUCCUACUACCACCACAACGGCUCCCCCAGCCAGGACUCUGAGAACUCCCAGCCCAAGCAGAUCUGCACCUUCUGCCUCAGCAACCAGAGGAAAGCUAACAAAGACAAAGAAAGAAAAAUUGCACUGAGAAGCUAA